AUGAAACCAUUACAAUUCAAAGAUUCAUUUUGGGGCACAGAAUUCACCAUCAAUGCUGGAUAUGAAGCCAUCAGCCAGAGACUUUGCGAUGGCCGGAGGGCUUGCAAAGACAUGGAGGACCUCCUAAAAAUGAGGGCUCUAGCAGAAGAAAGAUAUGGUAAAGAGUUGGUAACUAUUGCACGGAAAGCUGGAGGCCAAAGUGAAAUAGGUACUUUAAAGGAAUCCUUGGACCAACUUAAAGCACAGAUUGAGAGUAUUGGAAACUUACACAUACACCUAUCUGGGAUGUUAAAAGAAGAAGUCAAACGCAUGGAGCAGUUUAGAGAACGUCAGAAAGAGCAGCGUAAAAAGUUUGAGUCAAUAAUGGAGAAAGUACAGAAGAACAAAGUUGCUUCGUACAAGAAAACCAUGGAGUCUAAAAGGUCUUAUGAGCAAAAGUGUAGAGAAGCAGAUGAAGCAGAACAAGUUGCUGAAAAGAUCAGUAAUGCAUCAACUACUACUCCCAAACAGGCUGAAAAGGUACUAAACAAGGCCAAACAGUGCAGAGAGGUUGCAAUAGAGGCAGAGAAACAGUACUUAUCAAAUGUUGAUCAACUGGACAAGAUUCGACAGGAAUGGGAAACUACACAUGAGAGCACAUGUGAGGUCUUUCAACAGCAAGAGGUUGAUCGCAUCAGCAUUUUGAGAAAUGCUAUUUGGGUUCACUGUAAUCACUUUUCAAUGCAAUGUGUUAAGGAUGAUGAGUGUUUUGAAGAAGUGAGGACAGUUUUGGAAAAGUGUGACAUUACAGCAGACAUUAACAGUUUUAUUGAUGUUAAAAGUACGGGACAUACUCCUCCAGCCCCUGUUAUCUUUGAAAAUGUUUACAACCGAGAGCAAGCUGGAGACAGCAAUGGUACUGGCCGUUUUGGAGGAGCGGUAAUGAAGAGAUUUUCAAAUCUUUUGCAAGGAAACUGCUCCAGUGGUCUCAAAACCACCAGUGACUGUUUACAGCCAUCAGUUCCCUGUUCUGACAACUCUGACGGAGUUUAUGCCUCCAUUCCUGGUUUUCAAGAGGUGGCCCCAACUAAACCUGACAAUGAAGGGGAGAAGUAUCAAGCUCUGUAUGACUACACUGCCCAGAGUGCUGAUGAGCUCACCAUCUCACUGGGGGAAGUGCUGUUGGUGGUGGAGCAGGGAGAAGAUGGCUGGUGGUCAGUGCAAAAAGAUGGUCAGAGUGGCCUGGUGCCAGGCUCCUACCUUACCAAAAUAUGACCUAAAUUCAACAGAAAUGCAGUGUGACAAUCAUCCAAUGACCUAAAUACCCCAUGUAGAUCUUUCACUAUCAACCAUGAAUAAUAUUGUAAAAAGUUAAAGAGAAUCCAGAGAAAUCCUAUUCCAUGUAGGGCAAGGCUAAAAACCACUGUUCAAAGAUCAUGACCUUCAAGCCAUCAGUUGGCAUUAAAUGUGAACCUUCAUGCUACUAAAUUAAUAAAUAAAUAAAUAUAUGUGAUAAAUAUAACCGCAUGGGUUUGCGAGUGUUUUAGAAAACCAAAGAGAAAAGAGAAAGCCAUACUGUACAUCAAUUCUAUGCAGGAACGCCACUGAGUUCUCUGAGCCCAAACUCAAGUCAGAUAGACCAAAAGACAGUGGAAACAUGUCAUGUGUUCUGAUUUUGCCUGCAGAGUUCUGGGACACAGUUCUGUGAAGUGAACAACCAAAAACGUAACCAUUUUAUUACGAGAAAUGCAAGGCUUAUGGUCAAAAGAAUACGUUUUACAGUCAGUAAAUCAAUAUUGUAUCAAUAAAUAUUCUUUUUUUUUUUGUUUACUGGA